AUGAUAUGUGGUUUGUGUUCUAGCACCGCACAUUACACUGAGCAGUGCCACCAAAUUCAAGAGGAGUACACCCUAGCCAUAGCCAAUGUGAACUAUAACAAUCGCCUACCCUACCAAAACCAAGGCCACAACAACUACUUUCAUGGCAAUAACUCUAAUCAAGGGUGGAGAGAUAAUGCACAAGGGAAUCAUCAAAAUCAAAGAUGGAACAACUCUUCUCCUUACCACAACAAUAACUACCAAUCUUCAUUCCAACACCAUAACGACAACAACCAUCAAGCCAACCAAAAUCACCAAAACCAAAACAACUACCCUAGAUACCAAGUGCCACAUCAAAGACAACAAACCAACCAAGCCUCUUCUUCUUCUACCAACCAAGUUAAUGAGCUUAAAGCUAUUGUGGAAAAGAAUGAAGAGAAUAGCAAGGCUCAAUUUAGUGUCGUGAAUGCUCAAUUGGCCAACAUCACCGAGAUAAUCUCAAGAUUGGCUUUACCCUCCUCCAACAACACCAACCAACCCUCAAGCUCUUCUAACCUUCCAUCCCAACCCCUUCCAAACCCAAAAAGUGCACUCAAUGCCAUUACACUACAGUCGGGGACUACCUUGGAGGAGAUACCUCCUAGGGCCUUGGAAGACAUUCUUGAGGAAGAAGUGGUUGUUGAAGCUCCACAUGAAAAGGAGGAGAUGAGCACAAGGCAAGAGGAGGGAGAAGUGAACCUCAAAGAGCCCAAGAGGAAAGCUACAAUGGAUGAGUCUAUUCCUAUUCCAUUCUCUUCCAUGAUAAAGAAGGCUAAGAAAGCUCCGGAGUUUGAUUUGAACAUGCUUCAAGUAUUCAAGAAGGUUGAGGUAACCAUUCCACUUCUCGAUGUCAUUCAACAAAUUCCGAAGUAUGCAAAAUUUUUAAAAGACUUGUGCACACACAAAGAUAAGAUAGGUGAGUUGGAGACAUUGGCAUUGGGUAGUUUUAUUUCUGCAUUGAUGAAGCCUAUUCCUAAAAAGUUUGGUGACCCUAGACCUUGUUUGGUUUCUUGUCGUAUUGGUGGAGUUGUUUUUCAUGACUGUAUGUGCAAUUUAGGAGCUUGCGUGAGCAUCAUGCCAUUCUCAGUGUUUGCAAGGUUGAACUUAGCUCCAUUGAAAAGGUCGGCUGCCAGAUUUGCCUUGGCCGACAAGAGUGUGAUUACCGUGAUGGGAAUAGCCGAAGAUGUGCUUGUGGCAAUCAAGGAUUUGGUAUUUCCGGUCAACUUCUACAUCCUUGAAAUGCCAUCAACAGAGGGUAGAAGUUUCUCCUUUGUUCUACUUGGUAGACCCUUCUUGAAGACCUCCAAAUUCAAGUUGGAUGCCUUCACCAGCACAUACUCUUUUGAGGUUGCAGAAAAGACAAUCAAGUUCAACUUGGAGGAAGCCAUGAAACACCCACCCAAAGAGCAUUUCGUCCUCUGA